ACGUCUCCGCAUUGAGGGCACACAUUAAAUACCCAUUGCACCACGAACACGACCGCCCAUUAUGCCGCAGGAUAUGCCGCCCGUUGGCGGCUACAGCCCCGUCCAAUACAAGCGCAAUCUCCCCGUUCGAGGCUUCCGGCCCGCCGCAUACCUCUUCGGAACCGCGGCGCUGAUGACAUAUGGUUUCUGGAGGGUUGGACAGGGUAUUAGGGAGCACAACGAACUCGCGCGCGAGAAGAUGUGGGCGCGGAUAUACCUUAUCCCAGCACUACAAGCCGAAGAAGACCGGGACCAAGUGCGAAGACAUCUAGCCGACAAGGCGCGAGAGAAGGAGCUACUUGGCACAGAGACCAAGGUCUACCACAGCGACAGAUUUGUUCGACCUACAUUUGCAGUCACACCAGAGUAUGAGACGAAGUAGGAGCGGAACCAGGAGCGAUGCAUGUUAUUGGGAGUGUACAUAUAUGCAGAGGUUAUAGCGAGUAAACAUCUACCAUGGCUGCAUUCCAAGAAUUGCCUCGACUGAAUGAACCCUUUCUUUUUGUUUUGAAUACGUGUUGUAAGGUCAACAGAUUCCAAGCUCAGAAGCAAAUCAAUUGGAGACAUCCA